UAAUGUGAGAAAAACACGUUUCUAACCCCAAACUUUGUGUUGACAUGUGAACACCCCGUUUAUGUUAUUAAUUUUUGAUUUAUUAAAGAUAACGAAAAUAUAAUGGUCGAGGGCGAAGUAAAAGAAGUGAUUGUUCAAGUUCAAGGGUCUACGGGAGAAGAUAAUAAUGGCAAAACAGUUGGUAAAUUGAUUAAAGGCAAGCCAAAGUCAGGAAGAGUAUGGAAAGAGCCCAGGCAGAGAUUUUCUUCAAUCAUUAAAACACGAGGACUUCGAAUUUCCCACGAAAAGAAACAAAAGCUUCGUGAUGAUUUGAAGAGAGUGAAAGAACAAUCUCGAGCGAUAAUUGAACAGAAGAAAGCCGAGAAAGAAGCGAAGAAGCAGAGGAGAAUCGAGAAUUUGAAACGAGCAGAAGAGAAUCGUAAAAAAAGUGAAAUUGUUCAAGUUAUCAAGAAUACAGCAAAAAUAAAACGAAUGAAAAAGAAACAGCUACGUAUGAUCGAAAAGAGAGACACAGUUAACGCACAGUGAACAUUAUAAAUAAACAUUUACACAUAUGUAAGACAGUAUGACGCUUAUUUUUUAUGCAAAACAUCUCUCCAAUGACAUUUUUAGAAAUUUGUUCUGAAUCUAUGAAUGUUAAAAAAUUAAGAAAAUUAAAUUCAAUCAAAUCCA